CAUACACAAACCCCCGGCGGGGAUGACCUUCUUUAAAAUAUUCCUGGCACUGCGGCACUGCAGAAGUGACUGUGGUGGUUUCCCGGGCUGGGUUUAAGCAGCAGCAGAAGCGCACCUGAGCAGCGCUUCUGUUGGAGAUGGUGAUGGGCACCCACAGCACGCUUGAAUUCUAAGGAAGGCGGGAGGUGGUGGCCAGACUUAUAUUUGCUCUUGAUCCCGUCCUGUAAAAAAAAAAAGGAGGCAGCAGAGCCAUGGGGAUUUUCGUCCCCUAUCAAUGAAUGACCAAAUCUCUGGAACUGGGCUGGCGGCAGAAGGGAGUUUACUGUAGCAGGGUGGAGCUGUAGGUUAGGGGAGAAACCAGGCUAAGUUCUCAAACCACUGAACUCUUAGUAGCCAGUCCAGCUAGCAAAGGAGUUUCCAGCAUCAUCUAUUUCUCUUUCCGAAAAACUAAGGUUUCCUGUCAUUUGAGCCAGCAAUGGAUCUGAAGAAAAUCAAGGAUUACAUUCACUGGCUGCAUUUUCAGUAUCUCCUGGUCACCUGCAGUUACGUCCUGGAGCCUUGGGAACGAUCCAUGUUCGAUACUAUCAUAAUUACUGUUGUUGCUAUGGUGGUAUAUACUGCCUACGUUUUCAUCCCCAUCCAUGUCCGCUUGGCUUUUGAUUUUUUUUCCCAAGUCUGUGGAAGCCAAGCUGAAAACACACUUUGAUUCUCCAGCACUGACUCAAGGGCUUUGCUUUCUAUGGAAAUGCUCUUUCUCCAUACUAUUAUACUCAGCUCUGCCUAGAUUUCUUUUGGAUGUGAUUGUGAGCUUGUUGGUUCAAAUGCACAUAUCCCCCCAUGACCCCUCCUCUUGAAUAAAAAGUCAUGCCAUCAGGCUGGUUCUCACAGGAAUGCAUGCUUGCACAACUUCAGUCCAACCAUGAGCCAGUCUCUGGAAUUAGCUUCAUGAACUGAGUUCACACGUGACCGACUUGCAAUCGAGCAAAUCAAGCAUUUGCUCUUUGAACACUGUUCCCCAUUGAAAGAAACAAUCGACUUGCAUUUUACCUUUCAGUUGUCUGGAUUCACAUUACGUAAGUUGAGGAUUUGGGUUUUGUUGAUGUUUCAGUUGGAAGGACACAGCUGCGAACAUUUUAAUAAAAGGAAAUAAAAGGAAAAAUAUGUUAAGGCUUUCAAAAGAUUCAAUAACUUUUAAUUUUAUGAUGGCGCCUGCCACCCCUAUGUUCCCUAUGACAACAUAACAAAUUAGUAUCUGAAGAAGUAACUUAACAGGGAACUUAGUUUUAGAGAGAUGGCCUCAUUGUAUUUAAAGGACAAAAGUAAUUUUUUAAAAGACACACAACCAACUGCAGAUAAAUGUGGAUAGAUCUUUUGUCCUCAAUAAAGCGUUUUCUCCUAUUCUCUUUUGAUGUACACAUUUUUGCCAAUUCUCAUAAGAAAUUGAUUUUGACACUGGGGACUGACUGAAGAACUAUUGUGUCCAUCUCUCUCAAUCAUCAAUCGUUAUAUUAGCAAUACCUUGAAUUCCAGUAUCUUAAUUUUUUUUUAGUUCUACAGAGGCAAUAAGAUAUAAGGAUACAAGAAAAAGAAUAACAACUGAAAUAUUAACAUUUUCCAUUUUAAGAUGCCUUGGCUUUCUGCAAAAAGUAAUCUUAGACUUUCACCUAAUAUUUAUUUGGAUGUUUUUGCAAACUGGUAUUAAUUUUGCUUUACACUAACCAAGAAUUGCUUUUUAUUCUGUUAUUGUUCAGCUGAGAGAAAUGCAUGUACACACAAAUAGAGUAAAAGUAAUACUCUAAUAAUUGGAAGGGCUCUAAAGCAUGUACAUGGAAGAUUCAGUACUACGGUACUGCUUCUUUUUAGAAAGCAGAAAAAUCAUCUUUAUUCAAAGGGGAUUAUAUUUUAUUCUUGAAAAAUGCCAGUGUUGUACUUUGUAUAGAUGGAAUAUAAAUGCCAACGAGCAAGCUUGCAUUAUCAGUGUAUUCCUGCAAUUCACAAAGCUUGCGGUAAAAGUAGGUGUAUGCAUCAAAUAUCUGCACAAUUACAUAUAAUAAAAUAUUUGUCCCUUGUGCUGAUGGCAUUAGAUUGUGAACUUUAAAAAGCAAGGGCUGUAUCUCUCCCAGACUGAAAAGAUCUGAACAUGUAUGCAAAAACCAUAAAGGUUGAAUUUAUCUUUAAAUGAGUUUGUGUAUUGUUUUCUUAUCUGUAGCCCAGCUUUCUUCAUGCACCUCCCAGACAGGAUCACAGUUAUAUUCCUAUGAGCAUACAUGGUUUUAUUGGCAAUUUUAUUUUAUUAGUGUUUUAUUGUUUUCAGGGAUUUCAUAAAGUUAAUUCUAUUUAUGGAAUGUAUUAGUAGCUUUGAAAGAUAAGAAUCUGUUUUGAUAUUUGCCUGUGAUUGUUACUAUACCAUUGGGAAUGGCUGAAUGACUUUUUUAUGGAUUUUAAUACAUUGUCUAGUUAUACAUUUACAGAGAGUUACUUGUUUUGUAUCAGUAAUGUGGAAUUAUUUUUAAUACUGAUCUGUUAGUCAUGCUGGGAGUUAUUCUUGAAAGAAAACUGGCUUAUAAAUAGUUAUGUGCAAAACCUAUUAUUUUGGGGCAACAUUCUUGGGAAUUGCAAAAUAUUCUGUUCUUCGGAAUGAAGAAGAACAUCAGUUGCACAUUUUCAACUACCAAAUAACUUCCAGGAUGGCCAUAUCGGUGUGAUCUGGAAUUAAAAUGGAAUAUUUCGGUCUUUGCCUGAAUUGUAAGUUUAGUGUAUCCCUAUAAACCUAAAAUGAAAACGUA